AAACUAAUAAAAAUGAUAAAGUAAAACUAUGCAUAUGCAUAUAUAACCAUGAUAUUUUUAUAAAUAAAACAAAUCUUUCGUGCUUUCGAGUGUUUUUUGGAAAAGAAAUACAUAUACAUAUGUUCCCAAAUUUGUGGAUUGUUUGUAUAGCAUGCAUACAUUCAAAAAUAGCUUAUCGUGAAUUUCGGAAUUUUUUAAUGUAUUUUUCCGAAAAAAUGUUUUUGUCUAUUAAACUGUAGAGACUUUCCCGCACGUCAUUUGCCGUCUCAACUCAUGGUCAUAUUUGUUCUUAACAUACUAUAACGACUUUUAUGUUGUACUAUGGAAUUAUCAAAGAAAUCAGAGGGAUCAGACCCUGUUGCGGCCGUAAAAAAAAAGUCAGGACAGUUGAAUAAUGCGCUAGGCAAGCUGAACGUCGCUAUACGUGGAGAAAAAACAUUGUCAUCUUCUAAGGACACACAUCCUUGCCGCUUACGUUAUCCGACCCAUUUUGCAAAUAAGCUUUUUGAGGGUGAUCCUUCUGGAAAUAUACUAAAACGCAGUAGCACAAAAGAGAAUGAAAUAAAACGAGAACGCUGGCUUUUAACUCGAAAAACAUGGAGAUAUAUGACCGAUGCAGGUCGCAAGAUAGUUCCCGAUGGAUAUCAGGCAGAAUUGGGCAACAAUGACAUAUUUGAAGAACAAUUUCAACAAGUGUGUUUAUCUGAAUCUAAUUUUAUUUUGUGGAGCCGCAGAACCUCGUACCCAGGAGCUAACAGAAAUUAUAGGCGAAGAUUGAAACCAUUGACGAGACACUCCAGUUCCAGCCACGGAGAAAAUAAAGUUGAGCCCGAAAAUUGUUAUUAUAAUGACGAUCGAAUAAUCGAGUUAUUGCAAACGUGUCUUAAGCUUCGCGAUGUGUACAAAACAUCAACACUACUUGGUACUAAAACGGUUCGACCUGACCAAACAUCAUCACCUAGUGCGCGAAGACCCAACCUGGGAAUACAGAAUGACAAAGAUAAAAUAAUAUCCUUCGGCACGACUCUGCAAAAAGAGCUCAUAUGCCGACUGAAGCUUUUGUCUAAAAGCUUUAUAUUUGCAAAAGAGGAAAAUAUAUUGGAUUUUGAUGACGUACCCGAAACCAUUCUUGAAGACAAAGUAAUGUUAAAGAAAAUUUACAACGCACUCAAGAAACAGCAGCUUCAUCGGAACCUACAUUCUAAUGAACCACUUAAAUAUUGCGUUAAACGGUCAACUUCAUUAUCUAGCUUAUUAAAAUUUGGUUUAAAUGAACGUAAAACUAGUGGUAAAUCUGAUAUAAAUAACAAAAAGCUUAUACAUACAAAUAUUAACACUCUACAACAAAGUGAAACUAGACAAAUUUCACCAAGUAAGAAACAUUCACUUUAUUUAGAUCUUAGCAAAGAUUUGCAAAGCUUAGAGUUACCCAAAAAAUGCACCCUGAACAAAGAAAAAAUUAAUGGAAACCGGAAAAGCUUUGGAACUCAAACUAGUUUUAUUCAACUCAGCGAAUUGAAAAAAUUGGCGGAACUGUACAAGGUUCAAAAUUGUAAAAAUAAUUUAAAACUAUUAAAAGAGUUUAAUAGGCAAGAAGGCUUAAACUCUCCGCGAAUAGGUUGUAGAAAGGGUUCAAUUGACGAAGAUUUUUCACAGUCAGUAAGCGAUACGAUAAAACGUUAUUUUAAAAUGGCAAGAAGAAAAAGUGUUCAUGAUUCUGAAUCCAAUCGAUUUAAAUCAAUUAACUAUGAUAAAAACUUGAGAAAUAUUAAGGCUGCGUCCGAAAUAAAUCCACCUGGACUAAAUGAAGGAUUAAAUAAGGCAGUACAAACAUUAUAUGCUUGGCCACUUAUAGCUUUAGAUUUUAUUAAAGGAAACGAAUCUUCUAUAAAUCUGGACAACGCUCACUUAGAAUGGCAAAAAUCUGAGGAUGAGCGAACACUAAAACAAUUCGUUUGGGAGAAAAAUCAAUUACAUACACUUUGUUCUGCACCUACAUCUCCCACCAUUCAUUCGAAAUUGGACAAAGCUAUUAGGGUUUCUGGUGAAUUAUUCUCUUCUAGUUCUCAAUUUAUUUCGAAUAUUUUACAUGGGCAUAGUAACUCAGGAAGUCAUAUAAACACAUUAAUAGACCAAUGUCCUGAUAUAGCUUGGGAAAAUGCAACCGUAAAUAUGCAAAAGUCAAAAUCAUUAUCAAAUGUGGGUCAAUUUGUGACAAAAAAAAUUUGGCGAAGUGGUUCCAAAAGUCAAAAUAAACGAAAUUUAUCUAAAGAUUGUAUUAAUUCAUCAUCUAUAAAAUGGUAUCCUUCGGGAAAUUGUUUGUGGAUUGCAGAGUCUGGCGAAAGAUUUCAAAUUGUGGAAACUUCACUGAUAAGGCUGACGAAUACAGAAUUAGCUCUAUUAAAGGAUUUCUCGUUAGAAAAACUUAAAGAAUUGAAUAUUGGAAAUAUUGAAGAUUUGAAGAAACCCCCGCAGAUUAAUUGUAUCCCACUUAAAAAAAAAUCUGUGAGCCUUUUUGAUAUUGGAAGAAAAGAAGAACAAAAUGGUCGCAUGGAAUUGUUUGGAACUCCAUUGGAAUGUUGCUUGACAAGAGACAGAAAACAAAAAGUUAAUACAGAGGACCGAUCAAAAUAUACCCUAAUGCAAGUGAUUCGAGGAAAUGACAGUGAUCCAAGAAGUUCAUUGAAGAUAAAUGAGAAUGUCAGGUCAUGUGAAAGUUUACCAUCCAAAACCCUGGAACACGGUUACAUGGACAUUUCCUUAUGUCUAAGCGAUACCUUCAGACUUAAAUCAAAGUCUUCGAAACCUUUUACUCAGUUUAAAAUCGGAAACACUGAACUUAAUAUUGAUAGGCCCUAUCAAGAUCAAUUACAACUCAUGGUACCAAUGUUUGUAAAUAACUGUAUCGAAUUUUUAGAAGAGAAUGGCUUAGAACAGGUUGGACUCUUUCGCGUGAGCCCAUCUAAAAAACGAGUAAAACAAUUACGCGAAGAACUGGAUAAGGAUAAUCAUUUCAGGAUUUCCGUUGAUACAUGUCCACAUGAUGUUGCCACCCUCCUUAAAGAAUUUUUACGGGACCUUCCAGAGCCACUACUUUGUUAUAGGCUAUAUUCAACUUUUCUAAGAACACAACGUAUAAGAAAUCGACGCUUGCAACUUGAGGCUUUAUCACACAUAAUUAGACUACUUCCCAUACCCCACAGAGACACAUUAUAUGUUUUACUAGCAUUUCUAGCAAAGGUGGCGGCACAUAGCGAUAAUGUAUGUUCAGUUGACGGAAGUUAUGUAAUGGGUGGAAAUAAAAUGGAUUGCAAUAAUCUAGCCACCGUAUUUGCUCCGAAUAUUUUGCGUGGGACGCUUGUGACAUUAUCGAGGGACAAAGAGCAAGAAAAUAUGAGCGACUCUAUUAAUGUCGUAAGGACCCUAAUUAAUCAUUAUGAAGAAAUCUUUACGAUAUCAGCAGAAUUGAUUAAUUCUAUUUAUACACAAAUGUUGGAAGCUUGUCCUGAAAAGUUAUACGAGCUGAUUUCAACGAAAAUAAAUGGAGCCGAAAGGAAUUUUCAUCAACCAGAUGAACAAGAACUAAGCAGAUUAUCAGAUCGCGUCAUUGACACUCUGCCCUAUGGAAAACGUAUUUUAGACAAGACUCCUUAAAUCACCUAGAUGACAUUGACUUGGAACAGGGGCUUGAUAAAAAAGAGAUCUCAAAAAUUACAACCCAAUAGAAUGUUAGAAUAAAAGCUUAAACAUUUUCACCGCUAGCUUAAAAAAAUCUCUACCGGAAAAUGUACAUAUAAACAAUAAAGAGUCUUUAGAAAGCAAUGAUAAA